UCGAAACAGAACCCAUUGUGGUGUUGGAGAGGAGUGAGCAACUGCCUGAGAGAAGAAGAAAAGAGGCAAUUCCGCGACCACAAAGGAACUCGUGAUAAGCGGACUGAUAUGGACGUUACCCCACAACACAGAUGGUGUUGUCUUUUAUGAAGAGGAACACGUCGUCCAGUCGGAAAGAUCCGGUAUAUGAAGAGUUAAGACUCGACAUCCCAACUGUUUAUUCCAGCAGCUAGCAGGCUAGCUGGCUAGAUACCUAGGAGCUAGAAAUGGGAAGCCCGUGUGAGUUUGCUUGAUAGAGCCCCUCGUCGAGCUCUGAAGAAGCUUUUAUCGGUUUAGACACUGGCGGCGGUGUUUUCAAGUAUCCGUCGUCCGCCUCCUAAGUAGCCGCAACUUUGAAGAAUGAUAUCAACUGAGCGCUGAGCAUUUUACUACUACAGACCCGGAGAGGAAAAAGUCAGCCAGGCCCAACUGACUCGAAGUUGCACACAGACACAAAGAGGGGAGAACAUGACUCACUGGCCUCUGCCAAAGACAGGCAUGGGGCAACUGUGCCAAUCUCGACCCUGCCUGCCGCUUUAGAAGGUACCUCAGUUAACCAUGACGGAGAGGCAUUGAGGUUAGCUUCCUGACGAUCAUCUCAAUACCUCUCCUCUUCCCUAUCCCUCAAGACCCCCGCCCCUGCCCCUGCCCCAUCCCCAUCAUGCUGCGCUUCCUGCCUCUCAAACUUGGCCGCCUGUACCGCUGUCUGAAGCUCCUGUUGGUGGUGGGAUUGUUUGUCAUCUUGUUGAUGAACACUCACAACCUGUUCGCUUCCUUCCAGAAGAAUGAGCUCACUGACAGACGCUUCAUUAACCUCAACAAGUGUCCUGCCUGCUUUGGCACCAGCUGGUGCCGCAAGUUCAUGAACGGCCAGGUUUCCUUUGAGACCUGGGGUCGCCUGCGAUUCCUAGACGUAUUCAAUGUCAAGAAUGUUUACUUUGCUCAGUACGGUGAGCCCAGGGAGGGUACCCGUCGUGUGGUGCUUAAACGGCUUGGCUCCAACCAGGAGCUGGCUGAGAUAGACCAGAAAAUCUGCAAGAGGGCAACAGGCAGGCCGCGCUGUGACCUUAUCCAGGCAAUGUACAAGACUGAAUUUGCGCGGAUCAAUGGCGAUGUUCGUCUGCUGACUCCAGAGGUGGUGGAGGGCUGGUCAGACCUGGUGCACUGCCCCUCUCAGAGGCUGCUGGACCGUGUGGUCCGCAGGUAUGCUGAAACCAAAGACUCAGGCAGCUUCCUGCUCAAGAACCUCAAGGAUACAGAGAGAAUGCAGCUGCUCAUGACCUUGGCUUUCAACCCGGAACCACUCGUAUUACAGAGCUUUCCUUCAGAUGAAGGGUGGCCAUUUGCCAAGUACCUGGGAGCAUGUGGGCGCAUGGUAGCUGUCAACUACGUGGGCGAGGAGCUGUGGAGUUUCUACAACGCACCUUGGGAGAAGAGGGUAGACUUGGCGCGCCAGCUGAUGGACAUCGCAGAGCAGCUCACCAACAACGACUUUGAGUUUGCCCUCUACCUGCUCGAUGUCAGCUUUGAUAACUUCGCAGUUGGGCCACGCGAUGGAAAGGUUAUCGUUGUUGAUGCAGAGAACGUUCUCGUGGCAGACAAAAGGCUGAUCAAGCAGAACAAGCCAGAAAACUACGAUGUGUGGUAUGAGAGCCGUUUUGAGGAGUGCGACAGGGAGGCCUGCCUUUCUUUCUCCAAGGACUCCCUUUGUUCCAGGGUCACUGUGGACCACAAUUACUAUGCUGUUUGCCAGAACCUGCUGUCGCGGUACGCUACGUGGCGGGGCACCACUGGAGGCCUCCUCCAUGACCCUCCCACCCACAUAGCGAAAGAUGGACAACUCGAGGCUCUGUUGGACGAGUGCACCAAACCCAAAAAGCGCUACGGCCGCUUCCAGGCGGCCAAGGAACUGCGCGAAUACCUCACACAGCUAGCUGCCGCUUCCUCGUCUGCAACAGCCAGGUAAUGAAUGGAGUCGGCGUUAGCCUUAAGCACUGAGAGACUGGAUCCUGUACUCUUUAUCUCCGGACUCUUGAGAUCCUGGUUCUUGUACAUGAUGUCAUUUGCUCCCUUUUGUGCAGUGGAGCAGGAAGGUGUAGAGGUCUUGCAUCAGGAAGUGUAAGAAUCCAACUUCAAAGCAGAUUUGUUAAAGCUCAAGCUUUUACCUGACUUUGCUCCUGUGUGAAAGAGAAGUUUGGCACUAAGAUAUUCUGGUUAGAACCGGGUUAGAGAAGGGAUAGAGUUACCUUCUCCUCUACCAGAGUGGGCCUGCCAUGUCUUGGGGAGGGGGUUGAGAAGGGACUCUGGUAAACGAAUCCUUCACUGGACCCAGGCUAAUGAAAAACCAGAGCGUCCAAGCAACAACAGAAGCAACAUCACACAGCCCUGACUACAUCCAUCAUGCUGUUCGCUCCUCAAUCCAUCAGAACUGGUGUGUUUUAUAACGUUGAAUCUUAAUUCCUUUCUCAUUUUGCCCUUAGGAUCUCUUGUCGUUGUUGCUGUUGUUGUUGUUGUUGUUGUUGUUGUUUUUUUAUUUAUUUCUUUUUCUUUCUUUUUUUUUCAGGGCUGAAUUUAAGUAGAUUGGUGCGUUUACAUUUUUGCUGUGCCAUGGCUUUUUUUUUUCUCUGUAGCAUGGCUGCAGGGAACAUGGAGGUUGCAUGAAUCUCCUGCUGUCAGGCAGCAGGGAAGGCCAAGCUACUGCAGGUAGAGAAGAGAGAGGCAGGGUUUGGGGAUUUGGUUUUCAUGCACGAGAAAAAGAAAACCCUUGAUGGCUAUAUAAGUCUAAUUUCCUGCUACUCCAUUCAAUCACUCAAUUUCCAGGUUCCAGGAUUGUGGCAAUCAGUCCCCCCCCCUUUAACAGGAACCAGAGAGAGUGAGACAGGAGCACAUAGGAAGAAGGAAAGGGGUAAUUAGACAGUGGUGGUCCUGUAUGUAGAUGUGCCUAUACCAAAGAGGCUAUAUGUAAUAUUAAAAACCCCAAGCAGUACAGAGUGACAGCACCUUUCCCUCCAGUUGUUCUCAACUAGAGCUGUCCAAAAGGAACCUUAAUGUGUACACAAUCUUAUGUGAUCUGGCAGGCUUGCAUACUGAUUUUCUCUUCAGUAAGAAACCAAGUCAAAGAUUGGCAAUACUUACUGUUGCGUAAGCCCCCCUGCUUUGUUAAUCUUCCUUAAGAUUGAUAAAUGCUGAUCAGUUAGGCCUCAACACGUUUUGCUUCAACAAGGUCGAAAAUUCUUGACUAAAAGAAAGGGGAAAAUGAAGUGAUUCUUAAGAGGACUAGACAACAUGAUAAAACUGUAUAAUAGUGGCCUCCAGUGCCAGAUUCUCUUUAAAUGUCUGUAAUUGAUAAAUGAAUCCUAUUGUCAAACUUCUAUCACAAGUGUUGCCUGCUCUGAGCUCUAUCGAGUAAAUGGUAUAAAAGGGAAUGAAGAGAUCCUAAAUUUUGUCCUUGCUCCAGAACUGGCUUCUGACCUGUACUUUUAAAUUUUGUGGCCCAGAAAUUUCAGUUGAAUAUUUAAACACUCAGCACCACUUAGAGGUUGGGUUCGAUUUGACACUCAGUGGACAUACAAAUUAAAUCAUGAUCACAAAUAUAGGCUCGUUCGGUAAUAUAUUUAUGAGAGAUCUUCCUUAAAAAACAAAUCCCCUCUCUGACCCCAUAGGUUUUCUUACAUCAUCUGUCUUGGUGUUGUGAGACAGACUCUAAAUUCCCAAUGGAGUGUUGUGUAGCACAGUCAUUAGACAGGCCAGUAAUCAAGUAAUUAUGAACCACUCUAUCUACAGCGACACUAGAAAGCACAGCAGUUGCUUUUUGGCCUUCUGCAACACCAGGAGAGCUGGUGUGUGACCCUUGUCAAUUAAGAAAAGCAAUAAACAGAGGUUUGGCUAAUGUAUUUGUGGUUUUGAAGCACCCGCUUCUUUGUUGUGUCAGAUAUAUUUCUGUUUCCCCUUUCUGGAGGUACCUGGAGGGAUUUGUACGUGCAUAACUAACUGUUCACUUUUGUACUGUAAUUUUUCUUUUGAGUAAUAUAUCAGCAUUGUCUGAUUUUCUCUGUGCCUUUCAUUCAAAAGUUGUAUUUACAACUUUUAGUGGGUUUAAAUAUUAAAAUAAAU